AUGCUGAGUUCGCUUGUUGCAAGAAGGAUCUGGCGAAGAAAAGCUCAAAUUUGGGUUAGAUGGAUAAGCUGCGAUAGUUGUGGUAUUGAACUGCAAAAUCAGAAUGGUGAAAGAGCUGGAUUUUACAGAAAGCCCGAGUACGAAUGGGCAAAUACCCGACAAGUUCGACCUAAAACGCUUCAGGAUGUGAAAUACAUAUUGUUUGGUCAUGAUAUCCAUCGUUUGAAAGAUGAAGGUUCUGGCAUGGAUAUGUUGAAAUCGGAAACCCGAAAAUCCAGCGUCAUUUGCAAGAGAUGCUGCGACGCCUUGCACCACAAUAGGUAUCGUAUGGAAGAGUUUGCCGACAAGACACUGGAAGAAGUGCAAUCAAAAAUUCCGCGUGACUCAAACGUAUUCCAUGCAGUUCCGUUGACCGAUUUUCCUCUACACAUGAAUCUUGCAGUAUUGCGGGCAUCGGCAUACAGAACGUCCCUCGUGCUCACGAAAGGUGAUCAAAUUACAGCAAGCAAGUCCCUGCUGCAGCGAAAAGCACCGAGAUUUUUCAAGGACUUUCUCAAGUCUCGGAUCGGCUAUGAUAGCAACAAAAUAGUUGCAGUGGCAGCCAAAAACGGCUGGAAUCUGCAAUCACUGUUUUCUGUGCUCAGCAACAACUCGUAUUUGGUGGGAAGCGCAAACGCAGGAAAAUCGACCCUUGUGAAUACGCUAAUCAAGGUUUACGGGGGUUUGAAAAAACGCACCGAGACACUCCAGCCAACGGCUGUUGAAUCAUCGAGGUCGCUAGCAGCACAACAGACAGGAGUUUCGCAUAUUCCUAACCUGACGAGGUCCAUACAGGCGUUCGAAAUUGGCGGCAAAACGGUCUACGAUCUUCCUGGAUAUUCGGAGAGAGCCGAGGCCAACGCGCGUUUGGAUAGGCUUGUUGAAAGGUCUCUUCUAGAACGUAUCCGAAAGACGCAACUCUUCAAAAAGUCAAAAUUAGUCAAAAAAAGCUACUGCUCAGUCAAAGGAACCCAAAGCAAAAACUGUUAUACCGUCAGUGGGAUUUUUUAUCUAAUUCCGCCGCCGGGUUCAAUCAACCAGGUUGUAAAUUUUAUACCUGGCGUGGAACGUCAAUACAAAUGCUUUGAAAGAGCCUUGGAGAUAGCUGAAAGCUGCUUAAAGAAUUCCACCGAGGCUCCUCUUAAAAAAUAUGUUGGCGUUCAAAAACCGCUAACUCUAAAAGAAAACUUCGUCCGCCACAUUAUCCCACCUUUUCAAGGAACGAUAGAGCUUGCGUUUAAGGACAUCGGAUAUAUCCAGCUAAAAACAACUGGAAAAUACGAAUUCCAUGGUCUUCAUGAGAUUUGGGUGCCUAAAGAUAUCGAAAUCUGUGUGCGAGAACCUCUAGAGAGACUCAUAAAUGAGAGCUACGAAAGAUUCAUUGAAACGAAUGGGCGCAAGAUGGCUUGUCCGGUCAAAAGAGAAAUUAUCUCGUCCACAUACCCCAUGUCUGAAAAUGAACCCAAUACGCUGCUUAAAAUGGAAGAAAUGUUCCUGGAACGCACUAAAAAUGACAUUAUGGCAAGAAAUAUGCUCAAGGGAGAUCCAAUGACACUACUUGGACGGCUUCACGACGAACCGCCUAAUUUGUUUUGGUUUUAUAGAUGGUGA